CGUCCAGUAUAUAAAUACCUGUGAUUGUAAGGUACCUAGUAUCAGUCUCACUUGCACAGUUGAGAGGAUAACUACUGCAAUAUGUACGCCAAAGUGUUCCUCGUCCUCGCCCUGGCCGCGGUAGCGUUGAGCCGCGAGUACCCGGCCGGGGUCCACCCAGCCGUCUGCCCCAACUACCCUUACUGUGACACAGCCACCCUCGCCCGACACACUCCUGACGGCCAGCCCAUACCUGAGUGGGUGUACAACCCUAGCAUCCUGCCUGUGGCGCCUGUCGACCCCAAUCGCGCUGCUGCCGCUCGCUACCCCGCCGAUUUCAACCCUGCAUUGUGCCCGAACUACCCUUAUUGCUUUUGAAAAUAAAAAAUAAACGCACUUCUUUAAAAAAAAAUCUGAAUUUCGAACCAUUUUUUUAAAACGAGAUAACUGGCAGCAAAUAAAAAUAAAUAAAUAAACACGGCUCGUCCAAUGGCGUACAUUAAGAUUCCAAGUUUGAAACUUGAUAUCACCGGUUCGAAAGUUUGAUUUUUAAACGUGAAUCUUUUAUCCUGCCAUAUCGUUGUAAAUAGAUAAAGUUGUAAUGUGGAAACAAUGAUUGUAAAAAUAUUGUAAAUUUGUGUGUAAAUUGUAAAUAAAAUACAAUUUUAAAACCUUCA